AUGGGAUGCACGCCAAGUAUGCUGUUGGACCACAAGAGCCGUCGGCGAGACAGCACCGGGUCCCAGGAGGCGGCCUUAGCCAAGGUAGCCCCGACCCCGGUUUGCCAGAACAAGGCGGUGCAAGCGGCCAGGGCUCCCCGGGCCUCCCUUGAGUCUGACGGCUUCAGCGUCCAACUCUCCAGCAAGAAGGAUAGCUAUGUUUCCCAAAUGGGGAACAACUUCGCCACGCAGUUGCACAUCAAGAGGAUAUCGGGUGAGCGAAUUGAAAGUUAA